CAGACGCGCGAUGCACGGCUAAAACCCCAUCAUCGGGUAAGCCGAGCAAACGCGACCGUGCUUCGCAUCUAAUCGGUUCGAUCUCGCUGUGCGGAGAAUCAAGGCUCUUUGCUGCAUCGAACCUCGCGCCUAACUCCUGAGACCCAUAACAAGCAGCCAACAUGUCCGACGACGAGGACCAAUACUCGCACCCGGAGAAGAAGAUCGAGGGUAGGGCGUCACAAAAGGAAUCCGGCGAGAACCCCGAGUUCAUGAAGAGGCAAGAACAGAAGAGAAGCGACCUCGACGAACAACUGAAGGAGUACAUCGCUGAGUGGAGAAAACAGAGGUCGAAGGAAGAAGAUGAGCUCAAACGACUCAAGGAGAAGCAAGCCAAGCGCAAAAUCACUCGCGCUGAUGAGGAGAAGAGAUUGGCCCAGAAGAAGAAGGAGGAGGAAGAACGUCGCCAGCGCGAAAUUGAGGAGAAGAAACAGCGGGAUAUCGAGGAGAAGAGAAGGCGCCUUGAGGAGUCUGAGAAGAAGCGUCAAGCGAUGAUGCAGGCGAUGAAGGACCAGACCAAGAAGGGACCCAACUUCACCAUCACCAAGAAGGACCUCGGCGGUAACCUAUCCUCCGCACAAAUUGAGCGCAACAAGACCACCGCCCAGCUCGAGGAGGAGAAGAAGAUCUCCCUCAGCUUCCGUAUCAAGCCCCUUGAAAUCGACGGCCUGAACAUCGACAAACUCCGGUACAAGGCCACCGAACUAUGGGACACCAUCGUCAAGCUCGAAACGGAAAAAUACGACCUCGAGGAGCGCCAGAAACGCCAGGACUACGACCUGAAAGAACUUAAGGAAAGACAGAAGCAGCAGCUGAGGCACAAGGCGCUGAAGAAGGGUCUCGACCCCGAAGCUCUGACUGGCAAAUACCCGCCCAAGAUCCAGGUCGCCUCUAAGUACGAACGUCGCGUUGACACCAGGUCCUACGACGACAAGAAGAAGCUGUUCGAGGGUGGCUACGACACCCUUCUCGCGGAGUACAACGAGAAAGUUUGGAAACAGAGAUCAGAACAGUUCAUGAAACGCAGCAAAACGAAGCUGCCCAAGUGGUUCGGUGAACGGCCAGGCAAGAAGGCCGGUGACCCAGAGUCUCCCGAGGGUGAGGAAGACGUGAAGGCCGCCGCCGACGAAGACAUCGAGGAGCCUCAAUUCGAGCAGGAGGAGGUUGAGGAGGAGGAGGUCGAGGAAGAGGAGGAGGAGGAGGAAGAGGAGGAAGAGGAGGAGGAAGAGGAGGAGGAGGAGGAGGAGGAGGAAGAGGAGGAAUAAGCGCAACGUCAAAACCACAGUACGAACAGAGGACAAGAAAGAAAUAAAAUCUUUAAGAAAAAAUGAUCACAGCGACAAGAAUUGCCUACAACAACGAAAGCAAACGCGACGAAAAAUAAACAAUGAAUAAUUCACUCUCUCGCCAUCAUCUCUCUCGCUCUCCGCAACUAACCCGUAAAGGCCCAUCCGCCUCUAGUCAUGAUUUUCAUCACUCAUCCUUCAUCUGUCCGAUAAGCGGCAAACGUGACAAGCCUCCACCUCAAACGCCUCCGAAGAAGCUUCGUGUCCCUCGACAACCUUACGGCAGCCGGAUUAUGCAGGCUGGGGUGCGCCUCCGCACCGUGUGUAUAAUGCCAUACCGUUGAGGGGCGUGUCUCGAAUAUCACCGUAUAAUAAUAAUAUAUAAUAUACACUUCACUUAUGUCUUAACGUAACGGGGACGCUGCUGGUGCUGCUGCCACUACUAUUAUUAUUAUUAUUAUUAUUAUUAUUAUUAUUAUUAUUAUUAUUAUUAUUGAUAUAUAUUAUACAA